AUGAUCAAUGAACACAUGAGCUUCAUCUCCAUCUCAUUCUACAUGCUCAUCAACAUCAAGACCCAUGUUCCCGUGGUUCUUGAUUUUGAUUCCCCGAACUACACCGCAUGGAGUACCUUCUUCGACAUUGCGUUCCACAAGUUCGGCCUCCUGGACCACGUCGAUGGCACCGUCGACAUCCAACUCAAGCACGACGACGUUGCCUGGCUGCAAAUCGAUGCAUCUAUCGUCUCCUGGCUUUAUGCCAUGAUCUCCACCGACGUUCUUCAGGCCAUCAUCAAGCCUCGCGAUUCUGUGUACGGGGCAUGGACCUCCAUCAAGGAGGAGUUCCUCGGCAACGCUCGUCAUCGGGCGACUCAGGCGCAACCGGAGUUCCACAGCCUCGCUCAGGGCGAUCUCUUCAUCUCGGAGUACUACUCUCAGCUCAAGCGUCUCGCCGACACGCUGCGCGAUGUCGGCAAACCAGUCACCAACUCCGGCAUGGUGAUCAACAUGCUCUGUGGCCUCAACCCCAAGUACGGCCACGUCGUCACCACGGUGAACGUUGCGCACCCGCCGAUGACCUACCAGCAGGCUCGCCGCUUUCUCCUGUAG